AUGUAUCUUUUCAAACCCGUCGCACGAGACGACUCGGAAUUUCCACCAGUCCAGCUCAACGACUUCACUGGUAACGCCUGUCGGCUUGGUCUCUCGUGGUUCAAAUGGUGUCCUGUUGAUAUCGCGCUAUGGGCAAUCUUGACCUUCCUUGUUGGUCUCAUUUUGUGGAAGGUCUAUCGGACGAACCGGGUUGGUCCAGGUUCGCCAGGUCAAAAGUCGAUGGUAUCCAGGAGGAAGCGGUACUACAGGCUCACACUUCCCUAUCCUUCUCAUGAGCCGCGAGAACCGUCGAGCAAGGGAGGGGAUCCCAAAUUAAAGAACAAAGUGGAUAGCGCCGAUCCAUCGGUUGUGGAUCCAUACCACGUCGUAAACAGUCUGGACGACUCACUCAUUGCGAAGGAUCCCACGUUCCAGCACACGCCAGUCCCCCAGCCCAUUCGAAAUCGAACCUCAAGAUACUCCGGAGUAGGACUCGGGAUAUCGAUGGACGGCCGACAACCACCAGUGGCAGCUGACGCAAACCUGGGGAAGGACGAUUGUUGCCGGGGGUCAGAAGACUUGCCUCUGUCUCCUUCCGCAGCGGAACUGGAACGCAUCCAAAGCAUUCCGUCGACACCACCUCCCGCGUAUCUGCGUACCUCGCCGUUGCAUUCGGGCGUGUAG